GGAGAGCCGCGGCUGGAGAGACUUGCCAUCGGUUGUUGAGGCACACGGGUCCCGGGCAGUCGCCUGUUGACCGCGACCGGGUGUAGAAGGUUUGCGUGUACUGUGAGGUAGACGAGAGAAAGAGAGCGAGCGAGAACGGCGGGGAACAAGAGAGGACGAGAAGGAAAGAGACUCGGUGUGCGCGUGCCCGCGUUGUGAAUCGUAGCCAAUUCCAAUUUGGAAGCCAACCGCUAAAAGAACUUCAGAACACGCCAUGGACUGAGGCUCGCUGUGCUGCAACGAGGAAAAUCAUCCCUGAGAAGGAAAGAAAGAAAGAGAGAGAGAGAGAGAGAGAGAGAGAGAGAGAGAGAAAGAGAGAGGCAGAGUGGAUAGAGGAGCGCAGAAUAAGGGUGCUGAAGCGAAAAGAGCCGCCGCCGCCCCAGCAAUCGGCCGCGCCCGGGCCGGCAGUAGAGCCUCGCGUCCUGGAGAACGCGCCAUUUUUAAAGGGCCCAGUUGCGCUGCCCCGAGGAGCGGCAGGUGAGGCGCUGGGUCCGUCGUGAAAGGACGGUGGUGUUGGGGCGCGAUGGCGGUCGUACCGCGACAUCGUCGCCGGGAGAUUAACGCGGCCGGGGCCUUCGGCAUCUGCUGCUGCCUUCUCCACCUCCUCGUCCUCCUCAUCACCUGCUGGAUACCUGAAGCCGACGCCGCCAAGGGAGUCGGCGGCGUCGGCAGCACCGUAAUCGGCAGCGUCGGCAGCGAUGCCACAGGCUGCGCCAUGGGAAUGUUCAAGUGCGCUGAAGGAAAGUGCAUACCCUCCAGCUGGGUAUGCAAUUAUCAACGGGACUGCGAGAACGCGGAGGAUGAGUUCCAAUCUUGCCCGCCGCCAGAGUGCGAAGCCGGUCAGCUGACCUGUGGCCAGUACGUAUUCAACAAACCCUAUUGCGUACCUCAAUACCAGCGGUGCGACAUGACCGUGGACUGCGUUGACGGAACCGACGAGGCUGGCUGCAAUUACCGCAAGUGCCAGCCGGACGACUUCCGUUGCGGCAACACAACGAUGGAGCACUGUCUGCCGAAGGAAAAGCACUGCGACGGAUACCUUGACUGCAGGAACGGCCGGGACGAGGAGGAGGGCUGCGCGAGCUCGAGGCCGGCCUGUCGGCUAGAUCAGUUCCGAUGCAACGUCACGCAGCGCUGCAUCGAUCAGACGAUGCGCUGCAAUCACAAAGACGACUGCGGUGACAACAGCGACGAGGAUCACUGCAACUUCCCCGCAUGCGCGACCGAUCAGUUCCGGUGUGCGAACGCCCUCUGCAUCCCUAUGAGCUACCAGUGCGACGGCUACAAGGACUGUGAAGAUGGUUCGGAUGAAAAGAGUUGCACGACGAUUGUCUGCCCGGAUAAUAAGUACCUCUGCCCCAAGGGCUCGGCCGGCAAGCCCCUUUGCAUUAACAGAUCUCAGCUCUGCGACGGCAAGAACGACUGCGGCGAUGGCAGCGACGAGGCCGUUGUCUGCUCGAUGCACAUGUGCAAAGCACUUGAUUGUCAAUUUAACUGUCAAGCGUCUCCCACGGGAGGUGUUUGUUACUGUCCCGAGGGUCGGAUACUCGCUAAUGACUCCAAAAGUUGUAUAGACCGCAACGAGUGUCAGGAAUGGGGUUCCUGCGAACAGCUAUGCACCAACUCCGAUAACUCUUACGAGUGCAAUUGCAUGCCGGGUUAUGUAUUUAUAACGUCGAGGAAGUGUCGGGCGAUACACUCGGAGAUGAUGGAGCUUUUGGUCGCGCAGGAGCGUGCGAUAUGGCGAGUGUUACCCAAUAGCAGAAACGACGAGCGACACCUUGUGGCCAACACAACUGGUGCCAGUGGACUCGAUUAUCACUACAACAAAAAUCUUCUUUUCUGGAGUGACGUUAAGACGCGCAAGAUACACUCACAAUUGCUUAAAGGAACGUCGGAACACGUGGACGCGGACAUAUCGCAGCCAGGGUCGUGGGCACCCACAGCCUUAGCCGUCGACUUUGUGGGUGAUAAGCUGUACGUAGUGGACUCGAUCGUCCAAAAGAUCGACGUGUUCGAGCUGGACGGGCGUUAUCAUGGCAUCGCUCUUGGCUCGAAUCUCAGCAGCCCAGCUGAUAUAGCCCUCGAUCCCCUCGUCGGCCUUAUGUUCAUUGCCGACAGCAAGCAGGUCCUCAGGGCGAACAUGGAUGGCACCAACGCCUUUCCUAUCGUCUCCGAGGCAGCCUACAAGGUGUCCGGAAUCACCACGGAUCUCAUCGUUAAAAGGAUCUACUGGUGCGAUCUACUGUUGGACUACAUCGAGACCGCCGAUUACAUGGGUCGCAAUCGCGUUAUGAUUUUAAGAGGAAAUCAGGUGCCCUCCCCGAUGCGCCUUACGCUGUUCGAGAACAACGUUUAUUGGACAGAUAGCUCGAAGCAGGCGGUCCUGAGCGUCGAGAAGACGCACUCCGAGAAUACGGUGAAGAGCGUGACAAAGAUGCGCGACGCCAAAGCCAUAAAGGCGCUGCACGCGGUCCUGCAAAUCGAGCCCCGAGAGAAUCCCUGCGGCAGGAAUAACGGAGGCUGCCAGCAGAUGUGCAUCGUAACGGCUGCGGGCGGCGAGGAGGCGGGACUCGGAUAUCGAUGCGCCUGUAACAUUGGUUGGAGGCUGCUGUUAGAUUUACACAAUUGCAGACCCGUAGAGGAGUUUCUGAUGUAUUCGCAGCAGAGAUUCAUCAAAGGUCGAGUGCUUGAUCCGGUGAUCGAGAGCUUCAGUGAUGCGAUUUUGCCGGUCGUGUCAAGGAGGGCGAGAUUCGUCGGCUUGGAUUAUGAUGCCCAAGAAGAGUAUAUUUACUACAGCGACGUUCUGCAGGAUGUUAUUUACCGGGUGCGGCAGAAUGGCACGGGCCGCGAAAUAGUACUGGCUAGUCAAAACGAGGGCGUUGAGGGCCUUGCGGUCGACUGGGCCGCCAAGAACCUUUAUUAUAUAGACUCGCGUAAGGGCACCCUCAAUGUUCUCAGUACGCGCAACGUCACUUAUCGGAGAACUCUCCUUAAGAAUCUCAAGCGACCGCGCGCUAUUGUUAUACAUCCUAACCACGGCUACAUCUUCUUCUCGGAGUGGGACCGACCGGCGAACAUUAGUCGGGCCCAUGCCGACGGCUCCAACCUCGUCAUUUUCAAGAACCUGACUCUUGGCUGGCCCAACGGCCUCGCCAUCGACUUCACCAAGGAUCGGCUUUACUGGUGCGAUGCUCUUCUAGAUCACGUGCAGCACUCGGAUCUCGACGGGAUGGACGUACGGAACGUAAACUCCCGGCUGAUCCGGCAUCCAUUCUCCAUCGCCAUACACGAGCAAUGGAUGUACAUAACCGACUGGCGCCUCGACGCUAUAAUACGGAUGCACAAGCAGACGGGCGAGCAGGAAUCGAUACUCGUGCGCGAGCCCGCGACCAAUCGACUCUAUGGCGUUAAGGUCUUCAGCGGUCACGUGCAGAGGGCCAACAACGAGCAUCCGUGUUCCAUUGCCAACGGUGGAUGCGAGAAGCUUUGCUUCGCCGUGUCUUCGAACCAGACCGUCAGGUACAAUCCUCAAAGGCUCACGAGACUCUGCGGUUGCCCCUAUGGCGAGAAGCUGCAAGAAGACGGUAAAACGUGUGUGGAAGAUCGAGAAGCCGAGCCACCGCUGCUCGCCUGUCCGAACGCCUGGGAUUUCACGUGCGCCAAUCAGCGCUGCGUGCCCCAGUCGUGGGUGUGCGACGGUGAUGAUGACUGCCUCGACAACAGCGACGAAAUGCAGAACUGUACGAAGCCAACCUGCAGUAGCAACGAGUUUCAAUGCAAGGCAGGCCGCUGCUUGCCGCUGAGUUUCCGCUGCGACGCGGAGAACGACUGCGGGGAUUUUAGCGACGAGACCGGAUGUGCCAACAUCACCUGCACCGCUAACCAAUUCACUUGCAACAAUAAUAGAUGCAUCCCAGCCAACUGGAAGUGUGAUCUGGAGAAUGAUUGUGGCGAUAGCUCCGAUGAGGGUGACUUCUGCGCGGCCAAGACCUGCUCCUUCUUUCAAUUCACAUGUCCUCGCUCGGGCCAAUGCAUACCUCAAUCGUGGGUCUGCGACGGUGACAACGACUGCUUCGAUCAGCAGGACGAGAUGGACUGCCCACCAGUUACAUGUCUCAAUACUCAGUUCACCUGCACCGACCAGAAAAUGUGCGUCCUAGAAUCCUACAAGUGCGACGGCAUAUCCGAUUGUAACGACGGAUCCGACGAGGUCGGCUGUCCAUCCCUGGCUCCAGACCAGUGCAAUGCUGACAAGCAAUUCCAGUGUGGCAACUCGGGUGUCUGCAUACCCAAAAGCUGGUACUGCGACGGUACACCAGACUGUCAUGAUAAGUCAGACGAACCCACGACUUGCGGCAAAGUCGUUUGCCAACCUGGCUACUUCAAAUGCCGUAAUUCCCACUGUAUAUUCAAAGCUUACAUAUGCGACGGUAAAGACGACUGUGGCGAUGGCUCUGACGAGGACGCUAAACUGCACGCAUGCGCACCGCCGCCCUUCAAGUGCGACUCCCAGCAGUGGCAGUGUCCAAACGUUACCAAUCAAUGCGUCAAUCUUACCAGCGUAUGCGACGGCAAAGUCGACUGCCCACACGGGGGCGACGAGGGUCCGGUUUGUGACCUACCCGAGUGCUCCAACAUCCAUCGGUUCGGUCUCUGCAGUAACAACUGCACGCAGACGCCGCUGGGAUCGCUGUGUACAUGUCCGCCGGGCGAAGAGCUCGCCAGCGAUGGUUUCACUUGUCGGGAUGUUAACGAGUGCGAUCCCCCGGGUCGCUGCUCCCAGGACUGUGUCAAUACCAAGCGCAGUUUCUACUGUAGGUGCGUCGACGGUUAUACUCUCGAUGUCGACAAGCACACGUGCAAGGCCUUUAAUCACAGCGCGGCGUUCCUCAUCAUCAGCAAUCGACAUACAAUCCUCGUGGCCGAUCUCCAGGACCAGGCGCUCGAGCGCGUCCCUACGAGCGUUGAAAACGUCGUCGCCACCGCUAGUAACAUGCACACCGGUACAAUAUUCUGGUCAGACAUGAAACUGAAGAAGAUCUCGAGAUUGGACAAGGGCAGCUACCCGCAGGACGUCAUAUCGAGUGGCCUAGAUCUCGUUGAAGGCUUGGCAUACGACUGGAUAGGACAAAAUCUUUAUUGGCUCGACUCAAAGUUAAACACUAUUGAAGUAGCAAAGGAAAAUGGAAUGAACCGAAUGGUUCUUGUUAAAGAAAACAUUACGCAACCACGUGGAAUGUGCCUAGACCCCAGUCCCGGAGCUCGUUGGCUUUUUUGGACCGAUUGGGGUGAGAAUCCACGUGUAGAACGUAUUGGCAUGGAUGGAACUCUGCGUCUAGCGAUUAUCACAACAAAAAUCUACUGGCCUAACGGUCUAGCCUUAGACAUCGCGACCAAGCGCGUCUACUUUGCGGACAGUAAGUUGGAUUUCAUCGACACGUGUCUGUACGAUGGAACGGAACGCCUGCAAGUACUCGCGAGCUCGCACUAUCUCUUGCACCCGCACUCACUGACCCUCUUCGAGGAUACAAUGUACUGGACGGAUCGCCAGUUGAAUCGUGUCCUCUCCGCGCACAAGUUUAAGGGCGUCAAUCAAACAGUCGUCUCCCAUGUAAUUUCGCAGCCACUCUCUAUUCACGUACACCAUCCCGUUCUCCAGCCCAUCACAGCAAAUCCCUGCGCCAACGCCUCCUGCACACACCUCUGCCUUCUGUCACCCAGCGUCUUUCAGGGUUAUACCUGCAAGUGUCUCGUAGGCUUUAAACAUCUCAGCGAUGGCAGGUGCAUUGAGGAGGACACUCCGUUCCUCAUGGUGCUCAGAGGAUCCCAAAUUGUGGAUGUAUCGCUCACACCUGGAGACAUAAAGAGCGGAUAUAUAACACCAGUUGUUGGUGUGGAAGGUGGACGAUUUGUCGACUAUGACAGGAAGGAACACAUGGUUUAUUGGUUGCAAGCCAAGGACAAUGACGAAAGUAGCGAAAAUGGAACCUUAUAUUCUAUGCCGUAUAUUGGUGGGAACCGUACCGAAUUCCCAAGCCCACAAGGUGAUUCAGGAAUCAUCGGCUCACCAUCAACCUUCGCCAUCGACUGGCUCGGGCGCAACAUUUUCAUAGGUAAUAAGAUAGCGUCCAACAUCGAAGUUAUAAAGAUCGAUGGCGAGAUAAAGUACCGCACGAUCGUACUUGCGAACGAUGGCAAUAAAACAUCCGUCGCCAAGCCCAAAUCUAUGUGCCUUAAUCCGUUGGAGGGUCACGUGUUCUGGAUCGAUGAGGGUGGCUUUGGAGUGCCAAUCAAGGUUGGCCGAGUCAAUAUGGACGGCAGCAAUCCGCUCAUCCUAGUAGAAUAUGAACAGUGGCUCGAAGCCAUUACAAUUGACAUACCGACCAAGAUGCUGUACUUCAGUACCCAACAUCCGGGAUACAUUAAAUCAAUGAACACGGACGGCAGUGUCGUACACAAUAUUCUCUCCAAUGUCAAUAACAUUGCUAUCCCCAAGGCACUUGCUGUACAUGGACAAAGAUUGUAUUAUUUGGAUCCGGCGUAUGAGAAAAUCGAAAGAGUCGAUUUGCCAGAAGGUAAUAAUCCAGUCAUGAUUAUACAUAACGACGCCGAUUUGAAGACAUUAACGAUUUAUAAAAAACGAUUAACCGACACGUCACAUCCUUGCUUGAAUAACAAUGGAGGAUGUGAACAAAUUUGUCUACCGUCCACUGGUGGGACUAGAGUUUGUGCCUGCGGCAUGCAAUAUAGAAAAGUGGGAGAGACGAACUGCGAGUCAUACAAAACCUUUUUAGUCGUCACUCAGCUUGACGUCGCUCGCGGUUAUAGCCUUAAGGAUGCGAAGGAGGCUAUGGUACCAAUCGCUGGUCCAGGUCAUCACAUACUUCACGUAGACGUUCAUUAUGCUGAAAGUUGGAUCUAUUGGGUAGAAUUCAAUCGAGGCAAUUGGAAUGGUAUCUUUCGUAUCAGGCCAAACGGUACCGAACUUCAACACAUUAUCAAAUCUGGCAUCGGCUCCAACGGCAUUCGUGGACUAACGAUAGACUGGAUCGCUGGAAACCUCUACUUUUCAAACGUCUUUCCUCAUGAUAAUUACGUUGAGGUGUGUCGAUUAGACGGCAGUCACCGAAAAGUCAUCGUAAAGACGACGAUCGACACUCCACGCGAGCUUGCUGUUAAUCCAAUCCGACGUAUGAUUUAUUGGAUAGACUAUGGCCAGUAUCCACGUAUCGGCAAAGCUUUCUUAGAUGGCAGUAAUUGGAAGCCAAUCGUCACAUCGGGCAUCAGUACUCCGCGCGACCUCACAAUCGACUUUACAUCGCAUGAUGUUUACUGGGUCGAUUCGAAACUGGACACCAUACAAAAAGUCUCUUAUUCGGGAAGUAAUCGACAAAUUAUUAGGCGCAAUCUACCUAAUCCCAUGGGCGUUGCUGUAUUUGGUGGUGACGUAUUCUGGGUCGACCGCAACCUGGCCAGCGUCUUUCGAGCGAGUAAACUGACAGGCAAUAUGAGCCUGCCUACGGCGAUGCGGACAAAUUUACCGAAGCUCCGUGACAUCGCUAUUUAUGACAAAAGCGCACAGCCUCUGGAUGACAGUAACCCCUGUGGACGUUCCACUAAUGGCGAUUGCAGCCAGCUGUGUUUUGCUUUACCUCGUGAUAAUUCCCAACAGAUGAGGUGCGAUUGCGCCAUCGGUAAGCUAUCCAGCGAUCAGAAGAGCUGUGAGAAUGUUAACGAAUACCUCGUCUUCGCCACCCGAACAGAGAUCAGAGCUAUAAAUUUAGUGCCGCGUGACACCUCAGUUCCUUUCAAACCAAUCGGCAAUUUGACCAAUGUCGUCGGUGUUGAUUUUGAUUACGACGACAACCGCAUAUUUUUUACGCAAAUCCGACCUUGGGCGAAGAUAGCUUGGCUGGACUCGAGUAAUCCAGCCAAUGGUCAAAUUACCACCGUCCUCGCUAAGAAUAUAAAUCCCGAAGGCAUCUCGUACGACUGGACGCAAAAAAAAAUAUACUGGACCGAUUCGUCAAAUAAUAGUAUUUACGCGAUGAAUACCGACGGCACAAGCCUCGUCAUGAUUGCGCGGGUGGAUAGGCCAAGAGCUAUUGUUGUCGAUCCCUGUAAUGGAUCAUUAUACUUUACCGAUUGGGGCCGAUUUAGUACAUCUGGCAAGAUCUUCAGGACAACAAUGGCUGGUUCACUUAAAAAGGCAAUAAUUGAAAAGGACUUGGCACAGCCAAGUGGUUUGGCUAUUGAUUACGAAGAACGAAUGCUGUACUGGACAGAUGCCAUCAAAGAAAAGAUAGAAAGAUCCGACUUGGAUGGAAACAAUCGUAUGAUCCUCAUUCCUGCCUCGAUCUAUCCAUUCGCUAUUACCGUCUUCCGCAAUCAUAUAUAUUGGACAGAUCUACAAUUGCGUGGUGUUUAUAGAGCGGACAAGUACACCGGCGGAGACCGCAUCGAAUUAGUUAAACGACUCGAGGACUCCCCACGCGACCUGCAUAUCUAUUCUCCUACCAGGCAACAAUGCAAAGUCAAUCCCUGCAACAUAAUGAACGGUGGUUGUGACCAAUCAUGCCAUCCAGGCCCCAACAGUACCGUCGAGUGCAAAUGCGACGACAACAGUCGACUUGUGAACGAAAACCGUAUGUGCGUCUUGAAAAAUAUCACUUGUGACACAAGCAAAUUCGCUUGCCGUAACGGGAAGUGUAUUUCAAAGAUGUGGGCUUGCGAUGGGGAUAGUGAUUGCGGCGAUGGCUCCGAUGAAGAUCCCAACUACUGCGCUUACCACUCAUGCAGCACGAACGAGUUUCGCUGCAACAACGGGCGCUGCAUCUUCAAAUCGUGGAAGUGCGACCACGAGGACGACUGUCAAGACGGCUCCGAUGAGGAAGGCUGCAUUUAUCGUCCCUGCGCCGCUGGCGAGUUCACUUGUGGCAACCAGCGUUGUAUACCUCAAGCACAAGUGUGCAACGGCGUCAACGACUGCAAAGACAACGUCACCAGCGACGAGACGCACGAGCGCUGCCCAAGGAAUACUACUUGCCCGACCAACCAUCUUAAGUGCGAGAAAACCAAUAUAUGCGUGGAGCCCUAUUGGCUGUGCGACGGCGACAAUGACUGCGGCGACAACAGCGACGAGAAUCCGCUUCAUUGCUCGCAGAGAACCUGUCCUCAGAAUAGUUUCCGAUGUCCAAACCACAGAUGCAUACCUGCCACAUGGUAUUGUGACGGAGAUGACGAUUGCCUUGAUGGAAGCGACGAACCACCAGAAUAUUGUCAUUCAGAAGGAAGAACAUGCUUCGGAGAUCUCUUCACUUGCGAUAAUGGACAUUGCAUACCAAGAAUUUAUAUCUGCGAUGGUGAUAAUGAUUGUCUUGAUAAUUCCGAUGAAGACGAGCGUCACCAAUGUAACGACCGUAAGUGCGACGAAGAGACAGAAUUUACGUGCGUGGCGAACAAAGCCUGGAAUCGUGCUCAGUGCAUACCUCAGAAGUGGCUGUGCGACAAUGAUCCGGAUUGCGUCGAUGGUGCUGACGAGAACGUCACCUUGCACCACUGCCCACAGCCAGUGCCUUGCUCCGAUAAUCAGUUUACCUGCAAUAAUGGCAGAUGCCUGAAUCGCAGUUGGCUCUGCGAUCACGACAACGAUUGCGGCGAUGGCUCCGACGAAGGCAAGUUCUGUAACUCGAGAUAUAAGCAGUGCACAGAAAAUGAAUUCACCUGCCAGAACUUUAAGUGCAUCAGGAAACAAUUCCACUGCGACGGCCAGGACGAUUGCGGUGAUCAUUCGGACGAAGUUGGAUGUUCUCCGAAAAAUAAAAAUGUAACUUGUCCGAAUCCACAAGAAUUUCGCUGUAACUCUGGCCAGUGCAUAGAUCAACAAUUGGUCUGCAACAAAGUUCUGGACUGUAACGACAGGAGCGAUGAACCCGCGCACUGCAACGUCGACGAGUGCGCCCGGGUUGAGCUUAACCAAUGUGGCCACCGAUGCGUUGACACGCCUACCUCUUACUAUUGCGAGUGCAAUCCAGGUUAUAAGCUCCUUGAAGAUGGCAAGGCUUGUGCGGACAUUGAUGAGUGUACUGAAACACCCUGGGUCUGUAGUCAGCAGUGCGAGAACACACCCGGGAAGUAUUAUUGCAAAUGCAAUGAAAAAUGGUACGACAGAGCAGCGGAUGAACAUACUUGUAAACGCAGGGAUAGUAUUCAUCCCUGGAUUGUUUUCACAAACAAAUACUACGUUAGAAAUAUGUCGACUGAUGCUUUCCAAUAUAACAUUGUCCAUCAAGAUCUCAUUAAUGUCGUUGCAUUAGAUGCUGAUUAUUCGCAGGAAAUGCUCUACUUUUGCGACGUUACUGCUAAAGCCAUUUACAGGGCUUCAAUCACAGGCGGUGACAAGGAGGCCAUUAUACGCCAUAAUAGUUUGGGUCUCGAGGGUAUCGCUGUGGAUUGGAUUGGCCGAAAGCUUUAUUGGCUCGACAGACACGCGAAACACUUAGAUGUCUCGGAAUUGGAUGGUACCAAUAGAAAAACAUUGCAAAGUGGAAUCGCCGAUCCUCGAGCAAUUGUCGUUCAUCCAGGAACUGGAUAUCUCUAUUUCACAUCGUGGCACCUUCAGGCUUACAUCGGUAAAAUGGGCAUGGACGGUAGCAACCUUACGCGCAUCCUCACGUGGAACGAUGACAUAGCAUGGCCAAACGCCCUCACUAUCGACUACAUAACGGAUCGGCUUUUCUUCGCCGACGCUCAUCUCGACUACAUAGCCUUCACCGAUCUCGAGGGCCACCAGAGACGUAUCGUCCUAUCGGGUCCCUCGGUGCCCCACGUCUUUGCCAUCACCGUGUUCGAUGACCACAUCUUCUGGACCGAUUGGAACCUCAAGACCAUUAGCCGAGCGGACAAAUUCUCGGGCGCAAAUCUCACUGUUCUGAGAAACACGACUCACAGGCCAUACGACAUUCAUGCUUACCAUCCGCUGCGUCAGCUGCCUUACAACAACCCAUGCGCGGUCAAUAAUGGCGGCUGCUCUCAUCUCUGCCUGAUCGCGCCUCCAGCCAGCUCGUAUCUUCUCGAGGGCUACGGGCAACCGGGUGUCACAUCCUUCAAGUGCGAUUGCCCAAAUCAAUUCGUCCUUGGAACUAACGGGAAAAGCUGCAUUGCCAUUUGCACGAGUGGACAACAUCGCUGUGGACCACCUGACGAAAAGUGCAUCCCUUGGUUCUGGAAAUGCGAUGGUGAAAAAGAUUGUAAAGACGGCUCGGACGAGUUGGUGAAUUGCACGACGACGCGAGUAUGUCGGCCCGGCGUCUUCCAGUGCGAUAACAAGAACUGCGUGCCGACAAUCACGGUAUGCGACGGUACCGACGACUGCGGCGAUAAGAGUGACGAGGCCAAUUGCGCCCUCGAUUGCCCCGAGCUUGAAUUCAAGUGCAAGAGUACUGGACGCUGCAUUCACGAUUCGUGGAAAUGUGAUAAUGACGCCGAUUGCAAAGACGGCAGCGACGAAGAUCCUGUAAUCUGUCAUAAUCGUACUUGCGACUCGGAUACGGAAUUCAGCUGCAAAAAUGGCAAGUGUAUCCCGAAGCUAUGGAUGUGCGACUUUGACAAUGACUGCGGCGACGACAGCGACGAGCCAGCGUUCAUGUGUCGCCAGCGCAACUGCACGACUGGCUGGCAGCGAUGCCCCGGUCAUGCUAACUAUCGCUGUAUUCCCAAGUGGCUAUUUUGCGAUGGCAAGGAUGACUGUAGGGAUGGCUCGGACGAGCGUCCGGAGGGUUGCCCCAAGUGCGACCCUGCCAGCGAAUUCAAGUGCUCGAACAGCAGGUGCGUGCCAAAGCAGUGGCUCUGCGAUUUCGCCGACGACUGUGGUGACGGUAGUGACGAGUCCAAGGACACCUGCGCCGGCAAAUACAGAGAGUGCACCGAAAGCGAAUUUAAGUGCGCCAAUGGGAAAUGCAUUGCUUCAAGAUGGAGAUGCGACAACGAGGAUGAUUGCGGCGACAGAAGUGACGAGGUCAGCUGUCAGGAAUUUAAGUGCAAGAAUGACACUUUUCAAUGCGCCAGUGGCCACUGCAUUCCAAUAGCAUUGCGCUGCGACGGUGCGCGCGACUGUCAAGACGUGAGCGACGAAGUCGGCUGCACACCCAAAUAUCCGGGCGGUCGUUUUUGUCCACAGACGCAAUUCCAAUGCGACAAUAAUAUCUGCGUCUCGUUAUCUGACAGGUGUGACGGUAGUGACGAUUGCACUGACGGUUCCGACGAGAAUCCCAUCAUGUGCGCGACUUUCAACUGCGACACGACUCGGCGCUUCCAAUGCGCGAAUCAUCGUUGUAUCGCCAAGUAUCAGUUGUGUGACGGCGUCGACAAUUGUGGCGAUGGAAGCGAUGAGAAUAACAUGACUCUCUGCUCACGGAACAUUAUCCCAUGCAAUCCAGUCGCCGAGUACCUCUGUUCCAACAAAAAUUGUAUCGAUCGGCUGAAGCUCUGUGAUUUUGCCAACGAUUGUGGUGACUUCUCCGAUGAAUUGGGCUGCCAUCACAACAAAGUAUGCAACGACGUGAACAAAGGCGGCUGCUCGCACUAUUGCCAGAACGUAACCGACACGGGCUCACUCGCGGUUAAUGCGAACCCGCGUGGCUACAUAUGUGCCUGUUACCCCGGCUACAUUAUCUCCGAGGAGAACCAUAAGCACUGCGAGGACAUCAACGAGUGCGCCAAGGGCCAACACUUUUGUUCGCAGCUCUGUACCAAUCUCAACGGCUCCUACGCCUGCUCCUGUCGCGAUGGUUUUAGACUUUCCGACAAUCUCAGUGGCGUGUGUAAAGCUGAGGACGAUAAGGUUACGAUUGUUUUUGGAAGCGGACAAGAAAUUAGAGCACUGAAUCUAUAUAAAAAUGAGGAAAUGGAUGUGAUCGUUCAGGAAAAUCGCGUAAAUGCUAUUGAUUUUGAUCCCAAAAAUGAAUACAUUUACUGGAUUGACGGUCACGAUACAGCUAUCAGGCGUUCGGCUAUGGUCGACGGCAAUAUAAUUCAAAUUGGAUUUGCACAAGAUAUAUUUAUCGAUAGGAACUCGAUACCGACAAGUUUAGCAGUCGAUUGGGUAUCCGGAAAUCUUUACUGGACUGAAAUCAAUAACAGUCCGCCUCACGCUCGGGGCCGCCUUCUCGUCUCGAAGGCAGACGGUCGGUAUACGAGCGCCCUUGUGACCCAGAACAUCGAGCACCCGACGGCGGUCGUUGUAGACCCGCAACUCGGCCGUGUCUACUGGGCGGACGCCGGUGUUCAGCCGAAGAUCGAGGUCGCCUGGAUGGACGGUAGCCGCCGUAAGUCCUUGGUCAUCAGCCGCCUGGGCCAGCCCUCGGCACUCGCCAUCGAUCACGCCAUGGAACACACACUUUAUUGGGCCGACAUAAAGCUCAAUACCAUCGAGUCCAUCCAGAAGGACGGCAGUAACAGAAAGGUCAUCAUCAGCGGGGACCACAUGAGGCAUCCGGUCUCGUUGGAUGUGUUCGAGAGCAAUGUGUACUGGACAACGCGCGCCAACGAGCUCGUGCGCCAGGAUAAGUUUGGCCGGGGUGUCUCGCAAAUCUUGAAGCGUGACCUCGGUAGUCCCGGUGGCGUCCGCGUUUACCACGAGCUGCGCUAUAAUACGACUCUACGUGAUCCCUGCCACUCGGUCGAUUGUUCGCACCUUUGCGUGGCGGUACCCCGAGGUCAUCGCUGUCUGUGCCCGGAUCACUGGAGUACGCCGGGUCCGCUCGGUGUGAAUGACGUAGUCUGCGACGCGAGCAUCAAGAGCGAGAUACCACCACCCCAGAUUUGUAUGUGCCGAAACGGAGGAUACUGCAAGAAGCUCGUGACGGCACUUUACUGCAUUUGUCCAACGGACUUCCACGGCGAUACGUGCGAGGUUGGACUAGUGUCAACGAGAUCCAGUAGUUCGACCGCCUCCAUUGUCGUGCCCAUUGUCGUCGCGAUUCUCGUGCUCCUUGCCGCUGCCGCGGUCUUCAUGGUUCUAAAAAAACGGCCAUUCGGAAAACCUGGUCUUGGUAGCUUAACGGGUGCUCAAAGCGUCUCGUUCCGACAAGGUAGCAAUGUCGAAUUUGGUGGAUCGACACAGGAUCGAAUGGAGCCACUAGACGUGGAGUACAACCUCGGCGAGGUGAGCAACAAGAAUAGGGACUUCAGUAACCCUAUGUAUGACGCCGUAAACAUGGAGUCCGGUAUGGGCAACACGACGACUAAUGGCACGGGAGCGAGCAACAACAGCACCAGCAUUUACGAGGUGCCCGCGGAAAUGAAACCCUCUAGCGUUCAGCACAAGGAGCCACCUCAACUGCAUCUCAAGAGGCGCGAGCUCGAUCCGACGGCUGUCGAUACCGGCAAAGACACCCAGCAGCUCGUCGAAGAGGACAAAUCCGAAUGCUAGAGGUUACAUAUUUCGCUUAGCCACGUGCACACCGAUUGUUUGUAAUUGAAUUGUUUGUAUAGUCACUGCGAUCGGUAUUGUAAUCAGAACCUUCCUUCCAUUGCGAUUUCAUGUUUUCAGCAGUGACUAACCGAAGUAGGAUGUACUUUGGACGUUGCCAACGUCACUGUCCG